AUGUCUGAUUUUGUCACGGUUACUAAGGUCGACUCCAUCCCGGAAGGGCAGGGGGCGGCGUUUGAAGUGAAUGGGCGAAUGGUGGCCGUGUUUCGUGAGAACAAUCAGUGGUUCGCCAUCGACAGUAUCUGUCCACACCAGGGGGCAUCGUUGGCCGAUGGAGAAGUGUGCGACGGCGCGGUCGCCUGUCCUUGGCACGCCUGGCGGUUUGAUAUCCGUGAUGGUACCUGGCGAGAUAACCCCCGGCUCAAGGUCGAUGCGUUUGAGGUUCGUGUGGUCGGGGAUGAUGUUCAGGUGAAGGUGCUCGCCGUGAAAAUUGCCGACCGGCAUAAGGGGGUCGGGGGCGAUGGUCUGAUCCUGAUUUGUCCUUCGGAGGUGGCCGACGCCCGAAUGCGAAUGUUCAACGCCGACGGGUCGGAAGCCGAGAUGUGUGGCAAUGGCAUUCGCUGCGUGGCGAAGUAUGUGUACGACCACGAGAUCUGCCGCCAGAAGGAAUUGCGAAUCGAAACCGGCGCCGGGGUACUCACGCUUGAGGUGCACGUCGAUGAGAGCACCGGGCUGGUUGAUCAAGUUCGCGUCGACAUGGGACCACCGAUCUUGAAGCCUGCCGAAGUGCCGACAACGCUGGCGGCCACUUCGGAUAAGGGCGCGGUCGAUGCCCCGCUGGAAGUCGCCGGCGAGCAACUGGCAGUGACCUGCGUUUCCAUGGGUAACCCUCACUGCAUCACGUAUGUCGACCAGGUGACCGACGAUCACGUGUUCCGGCUGGGCCCUUUGGUCGAGAAGCAUGCGGUAUUUCCCAAUCGGGUGAAUGCGGAAUUUAUCGAGGUGAUGUCUCCCAGCGAGGUUCGCAUGCGGGUGUGGGAGCGUGGCAGCGGUGAGACGCAAGCAUGCGGGACGGGAGCCUGCGCAGUUUGCGUUGCUGGGGUGCUCAGCGGACGCACCCAGCGCAAGCUCACGGUCCACUUGCUGGGGGGCGAUCUGCAGUUGGAGUGGGCUGAUGACGAUCAUGUCUAUAUGACCGGGCCGGCAGAAGAGGUAAGGAAGCCCCCGACCGUGAAGAUUCGCAGCCCUAUGUUGUUCAAAUUUGCUGGUUUAUUUGCCUCCACCUCCGUCUCGGCGUGGAUGCGAACCCUCGAAUAUCGGGCUCAGCUCUACGACCGCGCGGUCGACCCGGCCGAUCCGCGGUGCAGCGGUCAGAAAAUUUAUCUGUUCUGGCACGAGUACAUCUUGUUCCCACUGCAUCUGCGUGGGCACUGCAACCUGGCGAUGUUGCUGAGCCGCCAUUCCGACGCUGAGAUUCUGAGCUACGUGGCUCGCCACUUGGGUUUCGAGUGCGUGCGGGGCUCGACCAAUCGCGGUGGCGUGGCCGCUUUGCGGGAGUUGCUGCGAAAGAGCGAGUCGAUGCACCUGGCCAUCACGCCCGAUGGACCACGUGGGCCGCGUCGGGUGUUAUCGCAAGGCCCGAUUUUUCUAGCUUCUCGCUUGGGUAUUCCCUUGGUGCUGAUGGGCAUGGGCUAUCACAAUCCCUGGCGCGUUGGCAGUUGGGAUCGUUUUGCCAUCCCGCGUCCGUUCUCGCGAGGCCGGGCUUUGCUCAGCCCUGAGAUUUACCUUCCGCCGAAGCUCGAUCGCGACGGCAUCGAACACUACCGGCUGCAGGUCGAGCGGAUGCUCAAUCGUCUUACCGAAGAAGCUGAAGCCUGGGCCGAAACCGGCACGCGUCGUGAGGGCGACAUUGUUGGUCAUCCUGCCACCGCGCCGCUGGCCUGUCAGCGAAUCGACGUGGAGGAACCGCUUGCCGGUUUGAUGUCUCAACUCGGGCUGUUUCAACAGCAAGACGAUGGCCGAGGCGUUCUUUCGGUUUCAGAACUCACCGCAGCAAUCAAAGAAUUGCUCGAAGGUGUAUUCCCCGAUGUGUGGGUCAGUGGUGAGAUUUCAAACUUUUCUCGCCCGCAGUCGGGGCACUGUUAUCUCACGCUGAAGGAUUCCGAUUCCCAGAUUCGCGCCGUUAUGUGGCGUGGAACAGCGUCUCGCGUGCGAUUUGACCUGCACGAUGGCUUGGAAGUUGUGUGCCAUGGUCAUCUCGAUGUGUAUGCCCCGCGGGGAAGUUACCAGUUAGUCGUCGAGCAAAUCGAGCCGCGAGGGAUGGGGGCUCUCGAACUGGCCCUGCGACAACUCAAGGCCAAGCUCGAAGCUGAGGGGCUGUUUGACCCCGCGCAUAAAAAGUCACUACCGCGAUUUCCACGCACGGUGGCUGUAGUGACUAGCCCUACGGGGGCUGCGAUUCGCGACUUUCUCGAAGUGCUGCGUCGUCGCUGGCGAGGGGCCAACGUGGUGGUCAUUCCAGUUCGCGUACAGGGGGAAGGCUCAGCCAAAGAGAUUGCCGAAGGAAUUGAGUUGGCCAAUCGGUUAAGUCAUCCACAGAUCGAUUGCCUGGUAGUGGGGCGUGGCGGUGGGAGCCUCGAAGACUUAUGGGCGUUCAACGAAGAGCCAGUCGUGCGUGCGAUCUUUGCUUCGCGGCUGCCGGUGGUUUCGGCUGUGGGCCACGAGAUCGACGUUACGCUGGCCGACUUGGUGGCCGACGUUCGGGCACUUACACCGAGCGAAGCAGCGGAACGCGUGGUGCCUUCUUCCGACGAUCUGGAACAACUACUCGCAAGACAUCAACGGGCCCUGGUGGCGGCGCUACGCGGGCGCGCAUCGCUGGCUCGAUCGCGUCUCGACGCCUUGGCGAGUAGUCGGGUGUUUCGUCGACCUGCACAACGCGUUCACGAUAUGGCACAACGACUCGAUGAACUUGCCUCCCGCGCUUCUCGGGCCAUCCGGCAUCGCGCGAAAUACAGUGAGGGGCGCUUGGAUGCGAUCAGCAGCCAAUUGGAAUCACUGAGCCCCAAGGCGGUGCUCGAGCGUGGGUACAGCAUCACACGAGUUGCUGAAGAUGAUCGGGUGGUGCGCGAUGCCGAAGAACUGUCGUCGGGACAAAAGUUGAUCACUCAACUCGCCCACGGUGGGGUUCGUAGCGUGGUGGACGAGGUUCGGCCGGAAGGCAGCGAAGAGGAAAGUGUCGACUUCGAAGAUGCCCUCGAAAAACUGGAGGCCAUCGUCAACGACUUGGAAGAAGGGCAGAUCGGCCUGACCGACGCGAUGACGCGCUAUGAAGAAGGCGUGAAGCUGCUGCGGAACUGCUAUGCCAUGCUGCAACGGGCCGAGCGGAAGAUUGAGCUACUCACGCGGGUGAAUGCCGACGACGAGGCAGAGUGCGAACCGUUCGACGACGAAGCUUCGUUGGAACUUGCCCAACAGGAACAACCGCGCACGUCGCGUCGCCGCGCGGCAACCAAAGCCAAGAAAAAGGCCACUCGCAAGGCGAACGACGACCUCGGGCCGAUGGACACGGCUCCAUCGCUCGCUGAAUCGCUGGGCUCACUUCGCCGAACGAUCGACGCGGCUCUCGACAAAUACACGGCGCCCGCCGAUGGGUGGCCCGAGACGUUGCGAGAGGCGAUGCGCUACAGCCUGUUGGCCGAUGGAAAACGUUUGCGAUCGGUGCUGGUGUUACUGGCAGCUAAGGCCGCAGGUGGUUCGCCCGAGGCUGCGUUGCCAGCGGCGUGUGCGGUGGAAAUGGUGCACACGUAUUCGUUGAUCCACGACGAUUUGCCGGCGAUGGACGACGACGAUCUCCGCCGAGGAAAACCAACGAAUCACAAGGUAUAUGGCGAAGCGAUGGCAAUUCUGGCCGGCGACGCACUGCUCACCCGGGCCUUUGAGGUCAUGGCCAGCGAUGUGAAGCCUGCGGAGGUCGCCGCUCGUUGCACGGCCCGUCUGGCGGGGGCGGCUGGCCCCUCAGGAAUGGUUGGCGGGCAAGUCGACGAUUUGCAGGGUGAAAAGUGCGAAGGUCACCUCGAUCAACUACACUCGAUUCAUCGGCGAAAGACGGGCGCAUUGCUCUCGGUAUCGUUAGAAUUGGGGGCCCUGAUCGCCGAAGCCGACCAGACAACCCACGACGCUUUGGCCAGCUAUGGCGAAAAGCUGGGCUUGGCGUUCCAAAUCACCGACGACCUGCUUGAUGUGCAGGGAGAAGAAGGCACCGUCGGCAAACGAGUCGGCAAAGACUCGGAGCGCGGAAAGAUGACCUUUCCCGCACUAUUAGGAGUGGAGGAGAGCCGGAAGAGGGCUCGUCGAUUGAUCGACGAGGCCGUGGAUGUGGUUGCCCCGUUCGGAGCCUCGUUGCUCUCGCAAAUCGACUCACCGCACGACCUACAGUCGCUCAGCAUCGAAGAACUCGAUCAGUUGGCUGCAGAGAUGCGGCACUCGCUGUGCGAAUUGGUGAACAGCCGCACGGCCCACUUCGCAUCGAACCUGGGUGUGGUCGAGUUGUGCCUUGCUUUGCACACCUCGUUCGACUUCAGCCGCGAUCGCCUGAUUUGGGAUACCGGGCACCAGAUCUAUCCACACAAGAUGAUUACGGGCCGGUUCCACGAAUUCGGCACCAUGCGCACCAAGGGCGGGUUGAUGGGUUACCCCAAUCCGCGCGAGAGCGAGUACGACCUGUUUAUGACCGGCCACGCCGGCUGCAGUGUGUCGACCGCACUGGGGCUGAAGGCAGGCGACGACUUAAUGCCCGGCAACGAAGACCGGCACAGCGUGGCGGUGAUCGGCGAUGGCGCGUUCCCCUCGGGCAUCGUAUUCGAAGCCUUGAACAACGCCGCCGAACUCAACAAGCGUUUCUUGAUCGUGCUGAACGACAAUAAGAUGUCGAUCUGCCCUCGCGUCGGCGGUGUGGCCGCUUAUCUCGAUCGGCUGCGUGUGAACCCGAUGUACACGGGGCUCAAGACCGAGGUCCAAAAGGUUCUGCACAACCUGCCGGUGCUGGGCGACCCCGUCGAGCGUUGGCUACAACAUGCCAAAGCGUCGGUGAAAGCGGGGCUCUUCGGCGGCAUGCUGUUCGAAGAGUUGGGCAUUCGCUACAUCGGUCCGGUCGACGGACAUAACAUCGCACAGUUGCGCAAGUAUCUGGAGUUGGUCAAAGACGCCGACGGCCCGGUAUUGCUACAUGUGGUCACCGAGAAGGGGCACGGCUUCAAGCCGGCGGCGGAAGAUCCGGUGUUCUUCCAUACGCCUCCACAAUUCGAGCACGACGCCGACGGCAUCAUCUCGAUCAAGAAGAGUUCGACCCAGGCCUACACGAAUGUGGCUAGUGCGUCGAUUCGCGAACGGAUGCUGGCCGACCCUCGGGUCACCGUGAUGACGGCCGCCAUGUGUCAGGGCAACAACCUGGAAGCCAUUCGGGAGGAGAUUCCCGAGCGAUUCUUCGAUACCGGCAUUUGCGAGUCGCACGCUGUGGCGUUUGCCGCGGGGCAGGCCAAGGUGGGCAUGCGACCGAUCGUGGAUAUCUACAGCACCUUCCUGCAACGAAGUUUCGAUCAGGUGUUCCAGGAAGUCGCUCUGCAGAACUUGCCGGUGACGUUCAUGCUCGAUCGUGCCGGUUUGACGGGGCCCGAUGGUCCCACGCACCACGGUAUGUUCGACCUGGGUUACAUGCGGUUGUUUCCGAAUAUGGUCGUCAUGGCCCCCGGCGAUGCGGCCGACUUGCCGCGGAUGCUGGAGUUCGCCCUGUCGCAUGACAGCCCAUGUUCGAUGCGGUAUCCGAAGACGGCCGCCGCAACCGUCGAGCGCGACGUGGCCCCCAUCGAGUUGGGACGUUCUGAAGUUAUCACCCAUGGCGAAGACGGAACCAUCGUGGCUUGCGGAACGCUGCUGCCUACGUGCGUGGAAGCUGCCCAGAAACUGGCCCGACAGGGAAUCAACGUCGGGGUGGUCAACGCUCGCUUUGUGAAGCCGCUCGAUAAGGAGACCUUGCUCCCGCUGAUCGAGAAUUCGCCCUUCGUGCUCACUGUGGAAGAAGCCGCAUUGAUGGGCGGAUUCGGUAGCGCAGUGCUUGAGGCCGCCGUCGAGGCUGGGCUCGAUACCCGUGGCAUCAAGCGAUUGGGCAUCCCCGAUCACUUCGUCGAACACGGCGAGCGGGGCGAGUUGCUGGCCGACCUGGGGCUCGAUGUUGAGGGGAUUGUCACCUCCGCCCUCGAGAUGGCUGAGCGGAAUCUAGCGCUCAAGGGAACCAAGCACCGCCAGGACCGCCGACUUAAAGUCAUUGUGCUCGGCUCGGGCGAUCGCCCCAAUGUCACGGCCAGCGCUGAUCGCAUCCGGGAAAUCAUCGAGCAGUACGCCGACAUCGUCGUUUGGGACCUGGAGUUUUCCCAAGAACUCUCCGGUAUCGAAGCCGACCUGGUGGUGGUUCUCGGGGGCGACGGUUCGAUCCUGCGGGCCGUGGGGCAGAUGGGUUAUGAGCAACGACCGCUGAUCGGCGUGAACCUGGGGAAGUUGGGUUUCCUGGCCGACCUUUCGCCCGACGAACUGCAUGCGGUGCUACCGUCGCUGCAGAACGGCAAGCUCAAGGUAGUUGAUCAUUUGAUGUUCGAGUGCCGCUUGUACCGCGGCGGCAAGGUGAUUGCAGAGCAUUUGGGGCUGAACGAGACGGUCAUUCGGGCCGGGGCUCCCUUUAGUAUUCUCGACGUAAAUCUCUACGUUGACGCGAAAUUGGUCACUACCUAUAGUUGCGACGGCCUGAUCAUCAGCACCCCGGUGGGGUCGACAGCCCAUAGCCUUUCGGCCGGUGGACCGAUCUUACGCAAGAGCCUGCAGGCGUUUGUGAUUUCGCCCAUCAGCCCCCACACCCUGACGAAUCGUCCGGUGGUGGAUUCGGCCGAUUGGGAGUACCGGUUGGAGAUGGCCAGCAGCGAAGGCAACGCAGCCGUCGUGGUCGAUGGGCGGGAGUUCGGCACGAUGCUGCCCGCCGAUCAGGUCUCGGUGGUGCGAGCCCCCACCUCGUUCAAACUGAUCGAUGUCGAAGGACACAACUACUACCGCACACUCCGUGAGAAACUCGGCUGGGGUGGACGCGUGAUUUCGCGUGACGCCCAGCAGAUGAGCAUCCCUCCCCUCAGCAAAUCUUGUGGCGCGUUCUUAGCCGCACUCUGUCUUCUACCCGUGUUGUCUGCCGCGGCCGACGACGAGGCCAAGCAAAAGUACCUGUUGCGGUACAAGUUUGCCCCGGGCGAAACAUUCCGCUGGGAGGUCGAGCACCUGGCCACGGUUCGCAACACAGUGGCCGGUACCACGCAAACGGCUGAAACCAAGACCAAGUCGAUCAAAGUGUGGGAAGUCACCAAGGUCAACGACGAUGGCAAUGCCACGUUCACUCACUUGGUUUCCAGUGUCGACAUGCUGCAAAAGCUGACCGGUCGCCAAGAGGUGCGCUACAAUAGCGAGACCGACAAGAAGCCGCCGGUGGGUUUCGAGCAGGUGGCCGAAGACGUUGGCGUUCCGCUUUCAGAGAUCACCAUCAACUCAAGGGGCGAAACGGUCAAACGCGAAGAGAAACGCGACCGCCCUCAACCGUCCUCCGGUCAGAUUACGAUUCUGCUGCCUGAGGACGAAGUGGCCGUAGGCGACGUUUGGAAGCAGCCCUACACCGAGAAAGUGGCCCAUCAAGACGGUCGCGUGAAAGAAGUGAAGACCCAACAGCGGUUCAAGCUGGAAGAGGUCAGCAACGGGGUGGCCAAGAUCUCGGUCGCCACGCAGAUUCUCACCCCGAUUCACGAUCCGGUGAUCGAAGCCCAACUCGUGCAGCGCGAGACCGCAGGCACCGUGCGGUUCGAUAUUGAAAAGGGGCUGAUCCUUUCACAGCGGAUGGACCUCGACAAACGGGUGCAUGGCUCCCAAGGCGAAGCGAGCCUGAUGCACUACGUAACCCGCUUUACUGAAGAAUACUUGGGUGACGAGGCCAAAACCGCCCGUCGCGCCGCGGGUCCGGAGCCUCCUCCAGGGCUGAACGUGAAGUAA